AUCCAAAACGGGCAGAGGACCGAAGCAGAGAAGCUGGUAGGAGCAAUUUGCUUGCCUCUGGCUGCGAAGGACUUGGAGGCCGCCUUGGAUAUCGCCAAGGCCGAAGCUCUGGAGAAGCUCGAUGCCAGCCUUGUGAUGCUGACGCCGAAGCUUGCAGAGCGCACGAAGCAAGGCGUGUACUGCCACAUCCUGGAGUUGGUUGAGGAGAAGCGAAAGGCAAAUGCCUUUGCUUUGCACCGAAGGCGCACGCGGCUGGCAACAUUCAGCCUGGCGCCCCUUCUCUGCCUCUUUGCAGCACUCGGCAUCAUUCUCGCAGGACAGCCGUCAGAUUGCGAUGAUGCGCUAGCUGUGGCAGGUUUUGCCGGCCUGGUGGUGAAUCCACUGUGCUGGCGACACAUACCGGAGGUCAACGAGCGAAAGGCGGCACAGCAGAGGCGCAAAGCCGAGGAGGCCGAAGAGAACAAGCUCAAAGCCGAACAGGAGCGCCAGGAAGAGGCAAGACUGGAGGCCCUCCGGCUCGAAGCAGAGAGGGCUGAACAGGAGGCGCACGAGAACAGGCAACUGGCGUUGACAGGCCUCGGCUCUAUAGGGCUCGCCUGGGCAGUGUUCAGGCGUGAUCUGGCCUGGUUUCGCUGA